AUGAAAAAGAACUUAAUUACAGUUAUGUCACAACCUAACGCAAUGGCAGAUGUUUUCAAAGGUCUUCAAUUCACUAAUCCAUUUUCUAAUCAAACAAAUCAACCCCCUUCAACAAAACCUAACGAAGCUACUCAAACACAAAGUACUUUUCAUUUUAACUCUUCAACUCCAUUUAAUUUAUCUAAUCAAUCAAUAUCCUCAAAACCAGAAGAAAAAAAACAAGAAGAAAUUAAACCUACUCCAAACGCUACAGUAAAUACUAUACAAAAUCCAUUUACUUUUAAUACUCAAUCAUCGAAACCUGAACAACAAACACAAAACGAAAUAAAAUUAACUUCAAAUCCAUUUGGAACUACUCAAUCAACACUUUUACAAACAGAUAAUAAAAAACCAAAUGAUAUAAAAACCAUCAAUGGAUUUAAUUUCAAUUUAACUAGUACGUUUGGUUCUUCUACUUCAUCAACUUUUCUUCAAAAACAAGAUACUACUCCAUUGACAAAUUCAUCUACAGUAUCAUUACCACAAAGUAGUUCUUCAACAUUGGGUAAUAUUAAUAAACCAAAUGGAUUAACACUUUCAUUAAACCUUAAUCCAAAUGAAAUUCCAUCAUCUCUCAAUUUCACUAGUAAUUCUCAACUAUCAUUUUCUAAUGUAUUUGCACAAUCUAACAAUAAACAUGAUACAACAAAUUCUGAUUUAACAAAAACAGAAGAGGAAACUGAUGCAGAAGAAGAAGAAGAAGAAGAGUAUGAUGAGGAUGGUGACCCUUCUGAAGAAAACAAUAGUGAUGAUAGUGGGUCAUGUAUUACUAUUCCAUCAGAACUUAUUAGCAAUAAAAGCAUUUGUAACAACGAACACAAUGAAUUUAAUUUUAAUAUAGAAGAAGAAGAUAUUGAUUUGUUAUUAAAGAAGUGUCAAAGCGAAGGAGGGUUAGAAUCAUUUAUGUCUGAUUAUGAACAAACAAUGAAAAGUCAAAUUCAAGAAAUAACAGAAACGUGUGAAACUAUAAACAAAGAGAUAAAAGAAAAUUAUAAAACUGAAUUAGCUGUUAAAAAUGUUAUUGCACAAACUACAAGAACUAUCAAUAUUGUAAAUAGUUAUCUCGAUGAUGUGAUUGAAAAACAACAAGAAUUUGAAUCAAUGUUAAAAAUGGCUGAACAAUCAUUAAAAGAAUUAGACAGCGGUAUUCAACGUAAAGAAGGAAAUGAUUUAUAUAAAGAAAUUUCUACUAAAAUUGAAGAAGUAGAAAAACAAUGCAAAAUGGUCAACGAAAAGAUAAACAAGAAACUUGGAGAACAAGAAGACCCCUCGUUAAUUAAAAUUAAAGCUAUGAUUGAUACUAAUACUAAAUUAGUCGAACAAUUAGAAGAUGGGCCUUUAUAA